CACUAAUGUGUCUUUUUUGUUUCUACAGAGAAGAAUGUUCAUUGAAUCAUUAUGCACUCUUUUCACCAGUAUUUUGGUGCUGAGUGGAGAUAUGCAUUCAAAUACCAUAUUUAACGCCUUCUCCAAACAGUUUUCAACUUCAUUUGAAUUCUAUACCGUUUUGUGUUUUUAUCUUAAUUCUGAGUGAUUUUUUUUAUUUUUUUCAUCCAUCUUCUUCGAUCUAGUUUCUUCAACUAAUCAAGCAGUCUGUUCUUUUCUCACGACUCUCGACUCUCGACUCUUUUGAGUAGAAAUCCAUGGCUGAGUUUCUUACUUUUGCUGCCCAGGAAAUGCUGACCAAAGUGGCUUCACUUGCCACUCAAGAGUUCACUCUUUUGUGGGGAUUCAAUGGAGAAUUAGCAAAUCUGCGUGAGUCGCUGCUCUUUCUUGAAGCUGUGCUGCGAGAUGCUGAAUAGAAGCGACAAGAUCAGGGCGAAGCUGUGAAGCUCUGGUUGGAGAAGCUUGAAGACAUAGCUCAUCUUGCCGAUGAUAUGUUGGAUGACUAUGGAUAUGAGCUUCUUCGACGAAAGGUGGAACUGCGAAACCAGAUGAAGAAAAAGGUGCUAAACUUUUUUUCCCUCUCCAAUCCCCUUCUUUUUCGUGUUAAAAUGGCACAUAAAAUUAAAAAAAUCAACACAUCUUUGGAGAAUUUGGGUAAAAGGGCAAGUAGUUUUGGAUUUGUUGAUAGGCCUUCCAUAGAGGCACCAAGCUCCUAUGAUACAAAAAUUGAUAGGGAAACCUGCUCUCAGUUCAAAAAAGAUGAAAGCAAUAUCGUUGGAAGGAAAGAUGUUGCGGAAGAUAUAGUGAAAGCCUUGACCAACUCAAACAACAGUCAGGAAAAUGAUCUUUCAGUUCUGGCCAUUGUGGGAAUGGGGGGACUUGGGAAGACCACUUCGGCUAAAUCAGUAUAUCAUGAUGAUAAGAUAAAGCAACACUUCCAAGAAAUGAUGUGGGUUUGUGUGUCUAUCCCUUUUGAAGUUAACUCGAUUUUAAAGGGGAUUUUGGAGUCUCUUAAACCUAAACAUGCUGCAGUACAAACUUUAGAGGCAAUAUGUAAAAUCCUCAAAAAUGAGUUGGAAGGGAAAAAGUAUCUUCUUGUGCUCGAUGAUGUUUGGAAUGAAAAUUCUCAAAAAUGGGAUGAAUUGAUCAAUUGCUUGGUAAACGAUACCCAAGGAAGCAGCAUCCUUGUCACCACCCGUAGCGACAAAGUUGCAAAAAUGGUGGAGACCCUUCCUAGGUGUGAUUUGAAAAAACUAUCAGAUGAUGAAUGUUGGCUCAUACUGAAAGACAAAGCAAUUCUAGUUGGGGGUACUUCUAUUGCUGGAGAUCAAGAAAAAAUAGGAAGGGAGAUUGCUAAAAAGUGCGGAGGUGUACCAUUAGUAGCAAAGGUGUUGGGAAAUGUGAUGCGUUCUAAAAAGUGUGAUGAAUGGCAAUCAAUUUUGGACAGUGGUAUAUGGGAUUUACCGGAGGAAGAAAAUAGAAUACAGGCUAUUUUGAAAUUGAGUUUUGAUGAACUGAAAUCUCCAUCAUUGAAGCAAUGUUUUGCAUACUGCUCAAUGUUCAUCAAAGAUUUCAAAUUUGAGAAGGAUGACUUGAUCCAACUUUGGAUGGCCCAAGGAUGGCUGCACCCUUCUUCCGACCAAAAUAAUCUAGAGAUGGAGGACAUGGGUAACGAAUACUUUAAUAUUCUAUUACAAAACUCAUUGUUUCAAGAUGUGGAACAGGAUGGUGAUAUAAUCACAUGCGAGACGCACGAUCUUGUUCAUGAUCUUGCUAAACAUGUUUCAAAGUCGAAGUACCUGCACUCCCUAUUUUCAAAUGGAGCAGUCCUUGACAACAACUCACCUGGAUUUAAAGCUCUUCGUGUUUUGAAUUUAUACAAGGCAGACAUUCAGGAGUUGCCAGAUUCAAUUGGAAAGUUGAGACACUUGAGGUAUCUAAAUGUCAUGUAUACAAAGAUCAAAGCAUUUCCCAAAUCUUUGGGUCAGCUCUAUAACCUUCAGACAUUUAAAAUGCCUUCUCACCUUACAGAGUUCCCGAAGCAAAUUGCAAAUUUGAUCAACCUGCGGCAUAUUUACUUUGGUAUAGAUAUGAAAGUUCCAGCUGGAGCAUUGAGAAGAUUGACUAAUCUCCGAUCAUUACCUUUUGUAAAGAUGGAUAAGGAGACGGGUCCUCAGAUUGAGGAAUUAGGUGGCUUAAACCAUUUGAAAGGCACCUUAUCUAUUUAUAAUCUGGAACAUGUAAGAUUUAAAGAAGAAGCAGAGAAAGCAAAUUUAGUGGAGAAGAAACAUCUACGCAAGUUAUUACUUAAAUGGGAGCAUUGGAAUUUUAGCAGCGCUGCUAAAAAUGACGAAGGUGUACUUGAAUUCCUGCGACCGCAUUCUAAUCUGGAAUUUUUGAGCAUUGAUGGCUUCAUGGGUGUUAGAUUUCCAUCAUGGUUAUUGCUAUCCAACAACUUGAAAGAGAUUGCAUUAUGGGAUUGCAAAAAAUGCGAAGGAGUGCCAGCACUUGGCCAGCUGCCCAAUCUUGUACUUGUGAGGAUGAUCAAAUUGAAGAAACUCAGGUGUUUGGGAUAUGAGUUUUAUGGUUAUGAUCACGUUUCUGAUGAUACAAAGGUUUUGUUUCCUGCAUUGAAAACAUUACGUAUUGCGUACGCGAAAAACCUAAUUGAAUGGAUGGAAGUGGCAACAGAAAGAGUGAUGGUGUUUCCUUGCCUUGAGGAGUUGAACCUGGAGUCUUGCCGUCAUUUGAGAAGUGCUCCCAGUCAUUUUCCAUCUCUGAAAAAGUUGGUGAUUGAUGGCAUGAAUAGCGGAGGUCCAAUAGCAAGUAUUCUGAGCAAUAGUCUGACCACUCUCACUUCUCUCAAGAUAGGCAGAGUGAGUGGACUUACCUGUUUGCCGGAAAGGUUGUUAAAAAACAAUCAGAUUCUUUCAUAUUUGGAGAUAACAGAUUGUGAGGAGUUAACUUGUAUUGCUCCUCCCCAAUCACAAGGGUUUGACUACUGCUGCACAUCUCUUCAGGUACUGAAUAUUUUGAGGUGUCCUAAGCUGACAUGUGUACCUGUCUCUCUCUCUCUUGAGGCGUUGUCUAUACGUGGUUGCCACGGUCUAGAGUCCAUCCCAUUCAUCCCUGAGCACGGUGGUCUCCCAUCUCUACGCCAAUUGGAGAUCACUGAUUGGCCUGAGUUAUCCAGUCUACCUGAUGGGCUACAAUACUGCACAUCUCUUCAACAAUUGCACAUAGAGACCUGCCCAAAGAUAACGUCCAUUCCAAUUCCAUCUGAGGGACUCCCAUCCCUUAAUCGACUGUGUCUUCGGCAGUGUCCUGAAUUAUCAAGCUUACCGAGUGGACUAGGCUGCUGCACCUCUCUCGCUUAUUUGUCAAUAGAAGAGUGCCCUAAGGUAACAUCCAUUCCAAUUGGCAGUCUCAGUACAACCCUCCGAUGGUUGCAUGUAAACAAUCUAGAGUAUUUUCCAAUUUUACACGGCGGCUUCAUAUCCCUCCGUCAUUUGGAAAUCGAGGGAUGUCAGAGUACACAAAUUGAUCUGCAAUUUUGUGCCUCUCUUGAGGUUUUGACAAUAAGUGAUUGUCCUAAUCUAGAGACUGUUCCAAGUUUAGACAAGCUCACAUCCCUCCGUCAGUUGAUAAUAAUUCAUUGUUCCAGAUUAACAUGUCUACCCAGUGGGUUAGCAAUGGCAUCCCACACGUAUUCACCCGUCUCCAGUCAUUGACACUUGGUCCGUUCUGGAAAGAGCUGGAUUCAUUCCCUGCCUUUCAGGUUCAACCACAACUUAAGAGAUUAGAUCUGUACGGGUGGCCUAAGCUCAAGUCUCUGCCUGAACAAAUUCAACACUUGACGUCUUUGACCCAUUUGUGGAUACAUGACUUUGAGGGAGUGGAGGCUAUUCCAGAAUGGUUGGGAAAUCUUGCAUCUCUUCACUCGUUAGAUAUUUGCGGAUGCGAGAAUGUGAUGUAUCUACCUUCCAUCCAAGCUAUGGAACGCCUCACCAAAUUAGAUUGGCUAUCCAUCACCAAUUGUCCUCUUUUGAGGGAAAGAUGCACCGCGGAGAGCGGCUCAGAGUGGCUUAAGAUUUGUCAUAUUCCGAACUUCCGAGUUUGGUGAGGCCCAUACUAGCAUGGACUCUUUUCUGUGACACAUCAAGAAUAAGAGCUGCCUGCAGGUGUGAGUCAAAUUGUAAUUGCUCCAAGUUUGCAGUAAUAUGAGCAUCUACAAUUCAAUAUCAUCUCUCUAUCAGCAUUGCAGGAUUGGGGUCCUAAGCGAAAUUGAAAAAAGGUGGUUUGAUGCUCAUGUUGUUGUUAAAAGUAUUAAGAGGCCCUCCAAUUGCUACAGUUGGACUGAUUAUGGAAAGGUGAAGAAGGUGUUUGCUCUUGUGUUGCGGUGAAGGUACUAAAAUAAAAGGCACUCCAACAAGUACAGGUAGAGACUCCUCUAUGUUUAUACUUAAUGUAAUAACCGAUAGUGGGAUUACUGUGGAUAAAGGAAAAGAGGAGCAUGUUCCCGUGUUUUGAGCAAUAAAGGGAAAAGCUGGGUGCUGCUAUAGUGAGAAUUGUCGGUGGAAGGAACUGCAGUUCUCACUCUCUCUCUCUCUCGUCCGAAACCAUCCAAGAACAGAGCAUUUAUUCUCCAAGCUUGUUCUCGCUCCACAGGCCAUCGAUCGACCCCAGACCACUUCCUAUAGGUUCGCCUCGACCUUGCGCAGCUGCAGGUGGCAGCCUUGAACCGCAACACGGCCACCAGCGGCGGCGGAAAGCUCCGCCCGGUUUGAGCUCGUUUUGGUUCCAAGAUUGAUAUCUCAAGCUACCGGUCACCAAUCUUCACCAAAUUUCUUCCAUUGGCUUCGCCUGGUCCAUACGCACCCGUCUGUGGCAGCCUUUCACAGCGGCGCAGCCUGUAGCGGCGGCGGGAAGCUUGAACCGAUUUUAGUCAACGCCGGUUUUCUCCUAGCUCCGGCCACCAAAACUUCCGAUCCUUAUCUCCAUGAACUCGCCUCAACCGGCUGAUCAUCAUACUAGAAGGAUCGCACCUGGAGUGACGGGUUUCACGUUCGUCGGAGCUCGGCCGGUUUUCGAUCGAACACCAAAACUUUUCGAUCGUGUUAUCUCAAGUUGUAGUGCAUCGUUUUGAUUUAUUCUUGAACCAGUGAGUUCACCUUGAUGUUCUUAACAACUCACCAGAAGGAAUCGAGGCCUGAAAUUGAAGUUUUUACGUCGAAAUCUUGGCUCGCCGGUUUCUGCAUUUCUUCGCCGGUUUCUGGAAAAUUUCCGGCCACCUUCAACUGUUCUAGGUGAUUGACGGUCCUCCUUGGUGAGUGGUUUUGGUGUGUAUUGUGAAAUUGAAGUCGCAGCGGGAUUAUCGAGCGGGAAAUCCUGCAGGUCAGGAGAACCAAGACGAUGAUCGGGCUGCUUAGAGUGGUAGCACUUGAGUUACAACAUUUUGUGAGGUUGUUAUGCACAUUGAGCUUACAUGUAAUUUUGGGGAGAGUGUGUUGUAAUAUUAAACUCUGGAGGAUUUGGUUUGUGUAUUAUUGAGUGAGGCGAGGUGUGUUUAUUUGUGAGAAAAAAAAUUCAGGACGUUUAUUUGUAUUUGUUUUUAUUCAUGUUUCGGAUUUGAAUUGGUUAUUCAAAUUUGGGGCGUGACACUUAAGGAUAUAAAAUAAAUAUAACACCAAGUUUUUAUCUUUACAGGCAUGUUAUCGGACACUUCAAUAUAUCACGUAGGAACUGUAGGAUAAGAGUUGUUUAGGUACUCGGCUUCUCCAUCCAUUGCCAAUUGGUUUUGGGUUAGAUGCUCCAGUACUUUCAAUAUCUGAGUACAUUCUUGAGACCAUUUUGACUUUGAAUUGGAGAUCUCUGCAAAUGUGUCAUCUGAAGGUGGACAUGUUGAGUUCAAACAGAAGGUUGAUGUAGGUUAGUGCAUUUCAAAAUAAGUAGGAAGUGGAUAUCGGUCAUGAGAUUUUCAGUUAUGGUGUUUCAGUUAGUUCAUGGACACGAUUUCUUUGGAUAUCCUAAUUUUCAAAGGCAUGCUGCAAUUUCCUAAAUAUAUUAUCUGUAUUUUGGGGGCAAAUCCAGGACUGAUGAUUCUUCCUUACUGCCAAGCCAAGCUUAACAUCAAGUUCCCUUUCAGCAAAGAGGCUUUCAGGCUGUGCCUCGAAACUGUUGAAUGUGGCAUAUUCAGCUCUCAAGUUUACUACCUUUUUGCUGUUCAAAUUCUUGAUGGAUUUGAUGCUUAUGCUCUUGAUGAAUUCUUAUCUGAAGAGAGAAAACUGGAGUUCGCGCAUGCAUCUGAAAACAGCAAUGGAGUAAUUAAUAACAAAGCUGCCAUUGGACAGAGGCUUCAGGACUCGGAAGGUAUACAAAAGGCUUGAGUUAAUUGCUGCUGAUUCUUUGGUCAUGUGCAGCUUCUAUUCUUGCAAGCUUGCUCUUAUUUCUCUGCAGGAAGUGGUUAAAGCAUAGCAUAUAUUGGCCGUGAUUGAUUCAGUUAUGAUCUUAAUGGCAGUUCGGGGGAUUUUGAUGAGCACAAUCUAUUUGGAUAUCAUGAUUCUCAAAGGCAGUUUGUGAGCAAAUUCAGGACUUGGUGAGACUUCCCUAGUGCCAAGCCAAGCAGUUUGUGGGAUGCUGGUUCAUCAUUAUUUUUCCAAUCCUUAUCUCCAGGUGGCUUGACAGUUAAGAUUUUAUGGAAGAAUUGUUUGUCAAUCAUUAAUCCAAAGGAAAACAACCAAGUUGCAGAUGCUUUUGCAGAUUGGGCCAUACUCAGUAGGUCAGUGUUUAGGAGUUUUAUUCAAUAGGAGAAACAACAGUUGUGCAAUAGGCUCAAAGAGAGUCCAGGUGAAGAAGGUGGUUGCUUUUGUGUUGCCAUGAAGGUAAUAAAAGGCACUCCAGUUGAUACAGGAAGUGGAUAUCAGUCAUGAGAUAUUUAGUACCUUAUGGUGGUUUCAGUCUGUUGAUGGGCACGAUUUAUUUGGAUAUCCUAAUUUCUAAAGGCACUCCAAUUUGCUAAAUAUAUUAUCUGCAAUUUGGGUCUGAUUCUUCCUCACUGCCCGGCCAAGCUGAACUUCAAGUUCCCUUUCAGUAAAAGAAGCUCUCAGUCUGCCUCCAAAAUGUUGAGUGUGGCAUAUUCAGCUGUCAAGGCUACCAUCUGCUGUUCAAAUUCUUGAUGGAUGUGAUGCUUAUGCUCUUAAUGGAUUCUUAUCUGAAGAGAGAAAACUGGGGUUUGAGGACGCAUCGGAAAGGAGCAAUGGAGUAAUAAUUUAACGAAGCUGUCAUUGGACAGAGGCUUCAGGACUCAGAAGGUAUACAAAAGGCUCGAGUUCAUUGCUGCUUAUUCUGUAGUCAUGUGCAGCUUCCAUUCUUGCAGCAAAUUUUCCUUUUGUUGUUGUACCAAUAAUACACAUAGAAGCGCAAGUGUCUUACCUUGACUUGAGCUUGGUGUCAAACAUGAAAGGAGACUUCUUUUCUUACUUUCUCCCCUUGUGUAUAUGAUCUUAAUCAUCAUGC